AUGAGCUGGUGUGUGCCCUCUUUUACAUUCACAGGUAGCUCUGCUGGUGAUAUGGAGAGUGGAAAUCUAUCAUUAGUAACUGAAUUUAUCUUCACUGUGUUUCCCCGGCUACAGGAUGGAAGCCUCCUGUAUUUCUUUCCUUUACUUUUCAUCUAUAUUUUUAUUGUCAUUGGAAACCUAUUGAUCUUCUUUGCUGUAAGGGUGGACAGCCGUCUCCAUAAUCCCAUGUAUAAUUUUAUCAGUAUCUUUUCCUUUAUGGAGAUCUGGUAUACCACAGCCACCAUUCCCAAUAUGCUCUCCAACCUCAUCCGUGAACAGAAGACUAUCUCCAUUACUGGCUGCCUCUUACAGAUGUAUUUUUUCCAUUCUCUUGGAAAUUCAGAGGGGAUCUUACUAAUUACCAUGGCCAUUGACAGGUAUGUUGCCAUCUGUAAUCCUCUUCGCUACCAAAUGAUCAUGACCCCACACCUGUGUGCUCAGCUCUCUGCAGGCUCCUGUAUUUUUGGAUUUCUUAUCCUACUUCCUGAGAUUGUGAUGAUUUCCACACUGCCCUUUUGUGGAGCAAACCAAAUCCAUCAGAUCUUCUGUGACUUGGUCCCAGUGUUGAGCCUGGCCUGUACAGACACCUCCAUGAUUCUUAUUGAGGAUGUAAUUCAUGCUGUGGCCAUCAUCAUUACUGUCCUAAUCAUUGCUCUCUCCUAUAUAAGGAUCUUCACUGUGAUUCUGAGGAUACCUUCUGCUGAAGGUCGGAAAAAGGCUUUUUCUACCUGUGCAGGUCAUCUUACUGUCUUCCUAAUAUUCUUUGGCAGUGUGUCUCUCAUGUACUUGCGUUUCAAUACCACUUACCCACCAGUUUUGGACACAGCCAUUGCACUAAUGUUUACUGUACUUGCUCCAUUCUUCAAUCCCAUUAUUUAUAGUUUGAGAAACAAGGACAUGAAGAAUGCGAUUAAAAAGCUCUUCUGCCUUCAGAAAGUGUUGAAUACGUCUGGAGAUUAA